AAUUCAAAAACCAUAUAAGCCUUUUCUACACAAAAAAUUGUUCACUGUAUAAAGAUUCUCAAUCCCUUUCCUUCUCAAGCUCGCUUUCUAUUUCUUGUGUUGUGAGUGGACACGAAUGGUCGACGCUGGAUUCCACGAUGGUGAAUGUUAUCUUCUCCACCAUGAAGGGAUAGCGCGUCAUUCAUGAAAUUAAGGAUAGCGGCUGCUAAUAGACAACAAGCUUCCAUUGAAAUGGGGGAGUUCUCCCAUGACGAGUAUGUAGCUGUCAGUGAAUCAACUUCCACCAGGGCAAAUCACUCAAGUAAAGUUUCACUUCUUCCUCUUGUCUUUCUCAUCUUCUAUGAGGUUUCAGGGGGGCCUUUUGGGGUUGAGGAUACUGUGCAGGCAGCUGGUCCUCUGUUAGCCCUCCUUGGGUUCUUGCUUUUCCCAUUAAUAUGGAGUGUUCCUGAAGCUUUGAUCACGGCGGAGAUGGGUACCAUGUUCCCUGAAAACGGUGGUUAUGUGGUUUGGGUUUCCUCUGCUCUGGGGCCCUAUUGGGGGUUUCAGCAAGGUUGGAUGAAAUGGCUGAGUGGGGUGAUAGACAAUGCUUUAUACCCAGUUCUAUUUCUUGACUAUCUGAAGUCAGCAGUCCCAGCUGUAGGUGGUGGAUUGCCUAGAGUUGCUGCAACAUGGGCUCUGACUAUUGUGCUCACUUACUUGAACUAUAGGGGUAUGGUCAUUGUGGGAUGGGUUGCUGUUUGUUUAGGGGUUUUCUCACUCCUCCCUUUUGUGGUUAUGGGAUUCUUGUCAAUUCCCGAUCUACAGCCUUCAAGAUGGGCUGUGACAAACCUCAAUGAUGUUGAUUGGAAUUUGUAUCUGAACACUCUAUUUUGGAAUCUUAACUAUUGGGAUUCCAUAAGUACUCUUGCUGGAGAAGUGGAAAAUCCAAAGAAAACUCUUCCAAGGGCUUUGUUUUACGCUGUGAUUCUAGUAGUUCUAGGGUACUUCUUUCCUCUCCUAAUAGGUACCGGUGCUGUUCCCCUCAACCGGGAUCUUUGGUCGGAUGGCUACUUCUCAGAUGUUGCUAUGAUCAUAGGAGGGGCAUGGUUGAGAUGGUGGCUUCAGGCUGCCGCCGCCAUGUCAAAUAUGGGAAUGUUUGUUGCUGAAAUGAGCAGUGAUUCUUUCCAGCUACUAGGGAUGGCUGAGAGAGGAAUGUUGCCUGAGUUCUUCACCAAGAGGUCUCGCCACGGAACACCUCUAAUAGGAAUACUCUUUUCAGCAACAGGUGUGAUUAUACUGUCAUGGAUGAGCUUUCAAGAAAUUGUAGCUGCUGAAAAUUUCUUGUACUGUUUUGGGAUGAUUCUGGAGUUUAUUGCAUUCAUUCUGUUAAGGAUCAAACACCCCAAUGCAUCUCGCCCUUACAAGAUAGCAGGGGGAACAGCAGGAGCAAUUUUGCUCUGUAUCCCUCCCACUAUACUGAUUGGUGUUGUGUUGUUUUUCUCCUCCCUUAAAGUAAUGUUUGUAAGCCUCAUCGCUAUUGCAAUAGGCCUUGUGUUGCAGCCUUGCCUCAAAUAUGUGGAGAAAAAGAGAUGGAUGAAGUUUUCCCACAGUUCUGAGCUCCCUGAUCUUGGCAAUCUGGAUGAGAAUCGCUCUUUGGUGUAUUGAUCUGUCUUGUUUCUAUAUUGUGAAGUAGAUUUGGUCUUCAGGUUCUUCAAAGAAGCUAGUUAAGUUCAAACCAUGAGAGGGCAACUUUGUAUCCAACACCUUUGGUAAUUUAUCUGGUUGUCUAUGAUUUUAGUUUGAUCAAUAGAUAGAUGAAGUGGUAGUUAGAAACUUGGAAGCUAUACUUUAAAAUUUCUUUGGAAAAUCAGUUAUUUGUUUAUAAGAAGAUUCUGUUAUCAUUUGAAGAGGGAGAAAAAUAAGAUUGAGACGUUUUUCUUUAAUUUUAAAUUGUUUGGUAGAGAAGCUAAA